UGGCUGCGCGCGUCAUCCACUGGUGAGUCGCCUCCGUCACUGCCCGGAAAAAAACCGAAGCUCUCCGAUCAGCCAAGUAUGUAAACAAGGUCAGAGGCACUGCAGCAGCUCCCAGACUAAAGCCUCUGAGUCCCGGGCACUUUCCUCCUCACGGACCGGACAAGAUCCAAACCGCUUCAGCCAAACCUCUGCGGAGCAAGGAACCCCGACCGCAGCGCAGCCAUGAUGUUGCAGUGUUUUCACUUCAUGGUGGAGCCGGCCAAGAACUUUGCGGCCAAGAUAAAGGACUCCCAGAAGAGAGCUAAGAACGACAAGAGGGAGCCUCUGGAUGAGGAUCAGUUGUUUGUUCUGGAUCUGGCUCGAGACUUCAGCCGAGUGUGCCAGAGGUCUGAAGUCCUGGAGCACAUCUGGGAUCAGGAUGACACCUGGCCGACUCCGCUCUGCAGGCUCUUCAUCGUCCAGUGGGCCGCUAUGCUGGAGAGCAAGAAGAAGCCCAUGCAGAACGACGGCUGGCCAGAGAGGGAUGAGGGAAAACUACCUGAUCUGAUCACUGAGCAGGAUCUGAUUCAGGCCAAAAACCUGAUCCUCAACUGGGUCAAGGACCUGAGAGCUCAGCCGGAUCAAAGCGUGUGGCCUGGGGAGCCCGUGGCGAAGGUCCUGGAGGAUCUGCAGUCAGCCUGGCGUUGGGGCAAGGUGCCCAAUCUGCUGAGUGCUAUGGAACUGGUCAUGUGGACUUUACUGGUGCAGCGCCCAGAUAAGGACACCAUACCACAACAGUGGCUCAUGUGGAAGCAGAGGACUCAGAAUAUUGGUGCCAUGUCCUACAUUCCUCAACCAGUGUGGAAAUGGAUCUCUGAUGCUGCAGUCGAGGUGACUCUGGAUCUGGACUCGGCCAACCCUGACCUGCUCAUCUCCAAUGACGAGAGGAAGAUGCGCUGUGGCUUUGAGAGGAAGGAUGUUCCCAACUACCACCAACGCUUCGACGGCUGGUGGUGCGCCGUCGGGGUGGAGGGCUUCGACUCCGGCCGGCACUACUGGGAGGUGGAGGUGGGUGAGCGGGACUGGCGGCUGGGCGUGGCCAGAGAGUCGGCCCUGAGGAAAGGCUUCAGGUCGCUGAACACCAACACGGGGUACAUGACCCUGCGGCUGGAGAGGGGCACUGAGCUGAAGGCGCUGACCGUGCCCUUCACCUCCCUGCCACCGGGCCUCAUCCCCCGCAAGGUGGGCAUCUACCUCGACUAUGACCAGGGCCAGCUGUCCUUCUACGAUGUGGACAAACACCUUCACAUCUACACCUACAAUGAGAGCUUCACUGAGAAGCUGUUCCCCUUGUUUGGUACAGUGGAGAUGAUAAAGGAUAUGGUGAUUAAGUCCCCAGCUGCUAAGAGCCAGUGUCUCUGCUCCACUGCCUGCCUCUGGGGUUGAAUCCCCUUCUGUCACUUCUUCCUCUAAACUCCAGUAGACAUCAUAUAAAAGUGUAAGAAACCCAGUUAUAUCCAUACUGUAUUCCAAGUCAGAGAUCCUGAUGUAAGACACAAUCACUAGCUCCACUAUGUGACCACACUCUAUGCUGCUGCCGCUUCAAUGUGAUUGUUGCUACCCCUAUAGAGUUAUCAUGUUACCCUUUGCUCACAUGCUUAGUGUAUUUUCAUAUUGUAUAUUUGAAACAAACCCUAUAGCUUUAAUGUAACGUAAUGUGCAAUAUGAAUCCUGCAGUAAGAAUGCACUUUGUGAAUUAUAAAUAAACCAAAUCUGUGUCUUA